CAUUCUUGUGUGACGACAGCAGCGGAAAUAUCUCCCUUGGAUUGGCAAAAUGGCACCGUCUCUAUCAGGAAGUGAAGAAAACAACUGAAAAGAAUAAGUUCGACCAAAUUUCACGUUUCGAUCUAAUACAGGCGCGAAUUCGAUUAAAACCAGAAACAUAAAAGAAACUGGGAUUCAGAAUAAGUAACACAUUAUUGGUCAUGGAGGUUGCUGGGCGCUGUUAGGUGGAGUUCAGCAGGACUCGUCGUUCCAGGUCAGGGGUCAGAGGUCAGCUCAGCCAACCAAGGGUGAUGUGUGGGAUCUCAGCCUGACGCCCACCCUCCCCUCAGCACCAGUCAUGGACGGGGAGAACUACCUGCACCCCGAGGGCCCCCAGCUGGACAGCAGCCUGUUCACAGUGGCCUCCUCCAACGUGGAGACUUCCAUGUAUCCCUCUGUUUCGUGGGCCUACGCGCAGCAGGCCGGAUACAGCGCCCACUGUCCUAUGCAAUCUGGAAACCAGCAAUACCACUUGAACGCCAGCAGCCAGGACGUGCACAUGGACAUGUUCAGCCACUCUGGGUUUCAUGACGUGGACUUCCCCGCCAUCAGGAAUGGAGACUUCCCUCAGGACCUGUCAUGCAUAGAUGACCUCUCCAACACAUCACUGUUCUCCUCUCCGGCCGACUCGCUGUCGGAGUACGCCGACGCCCAGAACCUGAUCAGCACGGACAGCCUGUCCCACGGCCUCACCAUAUGGGACGUCAACACCAAUACCUCGGGCCCCGCCGGCCCCGCAGGCCCCGCCUCCACACCAGCACAGAGCCAGCUGGAGCGGAAUGGCUCCAGCAGGUUUCAGGGUUUGAGCAGUUUGGAGGAAAUCACUGCCAUAAUCAGCACUCCACCUUUUGGAGGAUUCCAGGCUCCGAGGACGCAGACGCCUGCGGAGGAGGAGGAGGAGGCAGAGGAGGAGGAGACAGAGGAGCUGGGGCACGUGGACACGUACGCCGACUACAAGCCCUCCAAAUCCACCAUCGGGAUCUCCCACCCAGACAUCGUGGUGGAGACCAACACGCUGUCCAGCGUUCCCCCUCCCGACAUCACCUACACUCUGUCCAUUCCUGACCCCAUCAUCAACAACGGCCUGCUCUCCGCUCUGCAGCUGGAGGCCAUCAUCUACGCCUGCCAGCAACACGAGGUGAUCCUGCAGAACAACCAGCGAGCGGGCUUCCUGAUCGGAGACGGUGCCGGCGUGGGGAAGGGCCGCACUGUAGCCGGCAUCAUCCUGGAGAACUACCUGAAGGGCAGGAAGAGAGCGCUCUGGUUUAGCGUCUCCAACGACCUAAAGUACGACGCCGAAAGAGACCUGAAAGACAUCGACGCCCCCAUCAUCCCUGUGCAUGCCUUAAACAAGAUAAAGUAUGGAGACACAGCUACCUCAGAGGGCGUCCUGUUUGCUACCUACUCAGCUCUGAUCGGAGAGAGCCAGGCCGGAGGCCAGCACCGGACCAGACUCAAGCAGAUCCUGGACUGGUGUCAACCCGGCUUCGACGGAGUCAUUGUGUUUGACGAAUGCCACAAAGCCAAGAACGCCACGUCCACCAAGAUGGGCAAGGCAGUGUUGGACCUGCAGAACAAGCUGCCCCUGGCCAGGGUGGUCUACGCCAGUGCCACAGGUGCCUCCGAGCCAAAGAACAUGAUCUACAUGAGCCGCUUGGGGAUCUGGGGCGAGGGCACGCCCUUCAAGACCUUCGACGACUUCCUGCACGCCAUUGAGAAGAGGGGUGUGGGCGCCAUGGAGAUCGUCGCCAUGGACAUGAAGGUGAGCGGCAUGUACAUCGCCCGGCAGCUGAGCUUCUCCGGGGUGUCGUUCCGCAUCGAGGAGAUCGGCCUGGACGACGACUUCAAGCUGGUGUACAACAAGGCGGCCAAACUGUGGGCCGAGGCGCUGGCCACGUUCACGCGGGCUGCCGACGAGCUGGGCCUGGUGAGCAGGAAGUCUCUGUGGGGGCAGUUCUGGUCGUCGCACCAGCGCUUCUUCAAGUACCUCUGCAUCGCCGCCAAGGUGCGCUGCCUGGUGGAGCUGGCUAAGAAGGAGCUGCUGGCGGGCAAGUGCAUCGUGGUGGGGCUGCAGUCCACGGGGGAGGCCCGCACCCGGGAGGUCCUGGACGAGAACGACGGCCACCUGGACCGAUUCGUUUCUGCUGCAGAGGGUGUGUUCCAUUCUCUGGUGAUGAAGCACUUUCCCUCGGAGAAGCAGAGGAGAGAGAAGGGCCCUGGGAACAAGAGGAAACGUAAGCCCAGGGGCCGGCAGCCCAAGCUGCCCAAGCACGCGGUGGAGAUCAGCGGGGUGAUCAACAUCAGCGACGACAGCAGCACCGACUCCGACGCCAUGGAGACAGACUCCAACUCCUCGCCCGACUCGCUGCUCGACAACGACGACGUGAUCUUCGUCAACCACACCAGCUGCCACACAGCCAAGAUCGAGGAGAUGAAACACAGCCUCCUCAACAGGAUCACAGAGCUGGGGAAGGAGCUCCCCCUAAACACCCUGGACGAGCUCAUCGACAAGUUCGGAGGGCCAGAGAAAGUCUCCGAGAUGACGGGGCGGAAAGGGCGCGUGGUGCGUCGCCCCGAUGGCAGCGUGCGCUACGAGUCGCGCGCCGAGCAGAGCCACACCAUCGACCACAUCAACGUGAAGGAGAAGGACCGCUUCAUGCGAGGAGAGAAGCUGGUGGCCAUCAUCUCGGAAGCGGCCAGCUCCGGGAUCUCCCUGCAGGCAGACAAGCGUGUGAAGAACCAGUGCCGGCGGGUGCACAUGACCCUGGAGUUGCCCUGGAGCGCAGACAGAGCCAUCCAGCAGUUCGGUCGAACUCACCGGUCCAACCAGGUGACGGCUCCGGAGUACAUCUUCCUCAUCUCAGAGCUGGCUGGAGAGAGACGCUUUGCCUCCAUCGUAGCAAAGAGGCUGGAGAGCCUGGGAGCGCUGACUCACGGGGACAGACGAGCCACAGAGUCCAGAGACCUGAGCAAGUACAACUUUGAGAACAAGUACGGCACCAAAGCUCUGGACAAGAUCACCAAAGCGAUCCUGGGGCACAUCGAGAGCAAGGUGCCCCCUCCUAAAGGAUACCCCGGAGGAGACGCUAUGUUCUUCAGAGACAUGAAGCUGGGAAUGAUGGACGUGGGGAUCUUCUGUAAGCCUGACCACCGCUCUGGCAUCAGCACAGAGAAAGACUGCAGCAUCACCAAGUUCCUGAACCGGAUCCUGGGCCUGGAGGUCCACAAGCAGAACUCCCUCUUUCAGUACUUCACAGACAACUUUGACUACCUGAUCGAGAAGGACAAAAAGGAAGGGAAAUACGACAUGGGCAUCUUGGAUCUGGCUCCAGGAAACGAUGAGAUCUACGAGGAGAAGCAGGAGAUCUUCCUCACAGCGGGAAACCCCCAGGAUGGACAAGUCGUCCUCUACAAGAUCAGCGUGGACCGAGGCUUGCCCUGGGAGGAAGCGUUCGGAAAGGCCCAGAAACUCAGCAGCCCUGACGAGGGCUUCUACCUCUCCCACAAGCUACGGGGCAACCACCCGUGUGUGCUGCUGGCCGAGCAGGGCCGAGGACGCAACUUCAUCGUGUACAAGCCCAACAUCGGCAAGCAGGCCCACCCUGAGAGCCUGGACAACCUGCAGCUUCGCUACCGCAAGGUGACCCCAGAGGAAGCCCAGGACAGCUGGGAGAACCAGUUCACCUUCUCCUUCAGGAAGUGUAGCCAUGCCAACUGGAACGGGAAGUGUAAGAAGAUCGAGGAGGGGCAGGAGUGCCUGCAGGGCAUGCGUCUGCGUCAGUACCACAUGCUGUGCGGCGCGCUGCUGCGCGUGUGGAAGCGUGUGGCCGACGUGGUCUCUGACAUCACCAGCUCCAGCAUCCUGCAGAUCGUACGCCUCAAAACCAAGCAGCACAACAAGCAAGUCGGCAUCAAGAUCCCAGAGAACUGCGUGGCGCGCGUGCGUGAGGAGCUCCUCCAGAUGGACGAGGAGGUGAAGAGGAGGCGCAGGGAGAAGGACCAGCGCGCCCAGGAGCAGCGCCUGGAGGACGAGCGUCAGCGCAAGCUGGCCCUGCAGAACAAGCACCUGCUGGCCAAGCUGUUCAGCAGCGCGCACACGCAGAACCAGACCCUGCAGAACCUCACGCAGAACCAGAACCUGGCCCAGAACCGCUCCCUGCAGAACCUGGCCCAGAACCAAACGCUAAGGAACCACGCCCAGAAACUACAGAGGCUGAACCCUAACCAGUCCCUCCAGGACCUGACCCAGGCGCAGAGCCUACGGAACCUCACGCAGAACCAGGCCCUGCAGAACCUGAGCCAGGCCCAGACUCAGCAGCUAGGCCUCCACCCCUCUCACCGCUCCCAGGCCGGCCACCCGUCCCAGGGCAGCCUCCCCAGCAUGGCUAGCCUCACCUCCCACUUCUCCCAGUUCCCCCAGCCCUUCCCCUCCCUGCCCCCGCUGAAGAGCCGCACCCUGCCCCCCCUGCACCCCAAGCCGGCCGCCCAGCCUAAGAGCCCCCUGGAUGAGAUCCUGGACCUGACGGUGGGCAGCUCUCCCUCCCCGGACAGCACCGAGGGCGGCCUGGGGCUUGACGCGCUCUCGGGCUCGGCUGGGGGCUACGGGGACGACUUUGGCCUGGACUCUCUCAUCUCCCGCAGCGCCCUGAGCAGCCAGACGGGCCCACUCUCUGCCGCGCACAUGCACCAGCCCCCGCCCCCUCCCCUGGUGAAGAGGCCCGAGGUCCCCAACCACACGCAGGACUUCAUAGACAUCCUCAACCUGUGUAUGCCUUCCUCCCCCUACUCUCUGAGCUCCCAGGCGGCGGCCCACCACCCCCCCCCCUCCUCCUCCUCCUCCAACACCACCGUGUCCCACGUGUCGGCCGGCCUCCUCUCCUCCUCCACCUCCAUCCAGUCCUCCUCGCUCUUCUCCCCCUCCUCCUCCUCCCUCUCGCCGCCGGACUCUCAGUCGCUGCCCAACGGCCACUGCGGCUCGGACGUUUUGAACGUGCGCGAGGUCCUGGACAGCAUGCUGCGGACCGGCUCGGACAGCCGCCAGUCCGUCAUACAGUACCGCCUCCAGGACUGGGACCCGGCCUAACUCCGCCCCCCAUGUUUUUUUUGCGAGCUGCUGGCCCCCCUGUUAGCUGCUGUCUGUGAACGCACCCCCCCCUCCUCUCCCCCCCCCCCCUCAGGGUCUUUAGUCACAUCACUGCCUCUCCUGAGCCCCCCCCCCCCUCCCUCCACUGGCUUCCCCACACCACGGGGGCAUAUUGCAUCGACUAAAUAUUCUGUCCUGUAUCGAAGAGACGAGUUCAAGGCCCAGCUGUAAGCCGUGAGAUCUUUGUGUAUGAGGAGAGGGGGUGGGGGGGUGGGGGAGAGAAGUUUGACGAGAUAUUUCGAAACUCGGUCUUCUCUCAGAAACGGCAUCGUUUGAUUUUGAAAAGCCCACGUGAAAGGCUGCACACAACAGAACUUUUUAUUCACGCAAACAUUAUGGUUGUGUUGUCCUCAUUGAAAACGCUGGUGUCGAGUUCCUUUGAUGUGAAAUCCCAGCGCCCCCUGCUGGCUGUGUUGGGUAUGAUCGGCGCCGAUGCUGGAUUGUGACUUUGAUCAAACACACACACAUCACACCCUUGUCUGCUUCUGAGUUCCCCCGUAUCCCCUGCUGGAAGUGAGCUAUCUGGAACUGGAAGAUCCGAUUUUUGUUCUGAGCAAAGAACCGCCUGGUUUCCCUCCAGCCUCCCCUCCAGCCUCCCCUCCCUCCAGCCUCCCCUCCAGCCUCCCCUCCCUCCAGCCUCCCCUCCAGCCUCCCCUCCCUCCAGCCUCCCCUCCCUGCCCCUGUGGACGGUCUUCUCUGCUUCAGCGUUAUUGGAGGGGAGAGAGAGGACAGUGUGUGGUUGUAAACAGUGCCUUUUGGAAAACCUACUUAAAAUGCAGUCUCUGGAACCUGUGUAGGCCUAUGUAUAGAUUUGUAUUCAAAGCAUCGGUAUCUUAAUUUAUUCUCAUAUUUGUAUUUAUCUUGAACUUCCCCUGACCCUUUCGUUGUCUCUGGUUGUGGGUCCCCUAGAGUCCCCCACGAUGCCAGUACUGUGUGUGCGUGUGUGUGUGCGUGCGUCCAGUCUGGACAGCAGGAUCGUGACCUCUGACCCCGCACCACCCCCCCCCCCCCCCCCCCCUGGCUAGACGAUCCAGGGGCUUAGAUGGCGUGAGGCUGCGGGGAUGGUUGUUUUUCUGGCUGUGAGGUUUUUUAAAUUGUGUCAAAUUCAUACCCACUUUUUAGUCUAGAACUCCACCCUCACAUGUGACUCCUGCUUUGCUUUUUAGUUGAAGUUCUCAGGAAAGUCUAGAUUGCUUCCCCCUCCCCCCCCUCUGUUUUUGUUUCUGACCAAUAUUGAUAUUAUAAAUGUUUGUUUUUAGUCCGUAUAUAAUCGUAUAUUGGAGAACCUGUGAUAUUUGGCUGUUUUUUAUGGAUGCACUGUAAUUGGUUUAUUAAAUAGUUUGGGUAGUCCAUCCAAUCAAAAGCAAUAAAACAGAAUCUACAUUUUAUGAACAUCUAGAGUCUAAGUACUGUUUACGCUCUCAACAGGCAAAUGUUUGAGAUGACCUGUGCAUGGUGGUAACAAAUGAAUUCCUUUUUGUUUCUGUUCUACCUGUAGUCUAGAGAAAAAGAAA